ACAUUGAGCCUUACUGUAGCCGUUUCCACCAGUCGGCCUGGCUUCUUCCUUCGCUCGCUCGCUCGCCCUUUUCUUUUCCCCUUUUCAUCCCCGUUCCCCUCUUUACUUCCAUCCCAAGCCAUGGCUCCUGCGAAAAAUGUGCAGCCCACGACGGAAGCUGUCGGCCACGGCCACUACCAGGUGGAAAAGACGGACCUGAAGCGGUGGCGCCUCGAGGUCGACCACGGCCGCCAUGUCUGGCACUACCUCGACUCGGAGCAGGCCUGCGUCGCGUGGCCCCAGACGGACGAGGAUCGGUACUGGCUCGGCCUCGGCAUCGAUGCGCCAACGCUUCCGACGGCCAAGACGCCGCUCGACUCUGCCCGCAAUGGCUUUGCCUUCUACCGCCGCAUCCAGGCAAAGGACGGCCACUGGUCGUCCGAGUAUGGCGGGCCCCUCUUUCUCAUGCCGGGCCUCCUGAUCGGCAUGUACGUCACGCAGACGCCCAUCCCCGAGCCGUGGCGGAUCGAGAUGACGAGGUACCUCCUCAACAAGGCAAAUGAGGAUGGCGGCUGGGGCCUCCAUGUCGCGGGGCCUUCGACCGUCUUUGGCACGGCGUGCAACUAUGUCGCUGCGAGAAUCCUGGGCCUCGAUGCCGAGCACCCGGCCAUGGUCAAGGCCAGGGCGACACUGCACAAGCUCGGUGGAGCGACGGGUGCGCCGUCGUGGGGCAAGUUCUGGCUCUCCAUCCUGGGCGUGUACGACUGGGAGGGCGUCAACCCGGUCCCACCGGAGCUCUGGUGUCUGCCCGACUGGCUCCCCAUCCAUCCCUGGCGCUGGUGGAUCCAUACAAGGAUGGUCUACAUCCCCAUGGGCUACCUCUGGGCAAAGCGCUUCUCGGCACCCGUCGACCCGCUGAUUGAGUCGCUGCGGAACGAGCUCUACACGGAGCCAUACGACGACAUUGACUGGCCCUCGCACCGCAACAACGUCGCCGAGAUUGACGUCUUUGCGCCCCAUACCAAGACGCUCGACGGCCUCAUGGCGCUCCUGGGCGUGUACGAGUCGUGCGGUGGUAUCCCUCCCCUGCGCCGUGCGGGCAUCAAGCGGGCCUAUGACCUCCUGUGCAUGGAAGACGAGAACACGGGGUACCAGUGCCUGGGCCCCGUCAACAAGAUGCUCAACUACGUCUGCCGCUGGGUCGAGGAGGGAGCCGAGAGCAAAGCGAUGGCGCUGCACCGCGAGAAGCUCAAGGAUUUCCUCUGGCUCGGGCCACAGGGCAUGAUGAUGUGCGGCACCAACGGCAGCCAGCUCUGGGACACGUCGUUUAUCGCGCAGGCCAUGGUCGACAGCGGCCUCGUCGAGGAGCCUGCCAACAAGGCGGCGUGUGCAAAGGUCCUCGACUGGCUCGACGACUGUCAGAUCCGCGACAACCCAAAAUACUACAAGGAGUGCUAUCGGUACGCGACAAAGGGAGCCUGGCCCUUCAGCACAAAGGAGCAGGGGUACACCGUCAGCGACUGCACGGGCGAAGGCAUGAAGGCGACAAUUAUGCUCCAAGAGACGGCCAAGUUGCCCCGCAAGAUUUCUCAAGAGAGGCUCAGGCAGUCGGUCGAUGUCAUCUUGGGCAUGCAGAACAAGAGCGGUGGCUUUGCGAGCUACGAGCCCAUCAAUGCGCCCCACAUGAUCGAGCUCCUCAAUCCGGCCGAGGUGUUUGGCGACAUCAUGCGCGAGUACGACUACCCAGAGUGCACCACGUCUGUCGUCACUGCGCUCCAGAAGUUUAAGCAGACGGGCGACGAGUACCGGCGCAAGGAGAUUGACACGACGAUCAAGCGCGCCAUUGGCUAUAUUCUCUCGGCCCAGCAGGACGAUGGCUCGUGGUUUGGGAGCUGGGCCGUGUGCCACACGUACGCGACGCUCUUUGCGCUCGAGUCGCUCCACCUCGACGGGCAGAGCUACGAGAACUCGGAGCCGGUCAAGCGGGCCUGCGAUCUGCUCAUCUCCAAGCAGUCGGCCGCCGACGGCGGCUGGUCCGAGGACUUUACGUCGUGCGUCGAGGGAAGAUGGAUCCAGGGAAAGAGGUCCAACGUCGUCCAGACAUCCUGGGCACUCAUUGCGCUCCUCCACGCCCAGUACCCGCACGUCGAGCCGCUGAAAAGGGCAGCGAGGCUCAUCAUGUCUCGACAGCAGCCCGAUGGAUCGUGGAAAAACGAAGAGAUCCUGGGCGUCUUCAACAGGAACUGCGCAAUCGACUACUGCCUCUACCCCUUCUGCUUCAGCGUCUGGGCGCUGGGCAAAGCCAAUCGAUACCUGGUCGAGAAGGGUGCUUGGCCAUAGAAAUAGUAGCAGCGCAGAUGUGCUUUUUAUACUCUUUGCUCGGUAGCUUUUCUUCUAUACACACACUCUCCCUUUCUCGCAGAACAAUACAAGCCCGAUCAGAUGUACCUC